AUGGUUUCUGCGCCCAAACACCCAGAAACUGAACCCAAAUGGUGGAAAGAAGCCACUGUUUACCAGAUUUAUCCAGCAAGUUUUAAGGAUUCAAACAAUGACGGCUGGGGUGACAUGAAGGGGAUUUACUCAAAGUUGGAUUACAUCAAGGACCUGGGGGUAGAUGCGAUCUGGAUCUCUCCAUUUUAUGACUCGCCACAGGAUGACAUGGGUUAUGAUAUCGCCAACUAUGAAAAAGUGUGGCCCACGUAUGGUACCAACGAGGACUGCUUUAAAGUGAUCGAAAAGACACACAAGUUGGGAAUGAAGUUCAUCACCGAUCUCGUGAUCAACCAUUGUUCUAGCGAGCACGAGUGGUUCAAGGAAAGCAGAUCUUCCAAGACCAACCCCAAACGUGACUGGUUCUUCUGGAAACCUCCCAAGGGCUACGACAAAAAUGGAGCUCCAAUCCCACCCAACAAUUGGAAAUCUUACUUUGGCGGCUCGGCCUGGACUUUUGAUGAAAAGACUCAAGAGUUUUACUUGCGUCUUUUUGCCUCAACACAGCCUGACUUGAACUGGGAAAGUGAGGCUUGUAGACAGGCAAUUUACGAGAGCUCUGUCGGAUUCUGGCUUGACCAUGGUGUGGAUGGGUUUCGGAUCGACGUGGGGAGUCUAUACUCGAAAGUACCAGGUCUACCAGACGCCCCUAUCACUGACAAGGACUCGGCGUGGCAAUCCAGUGACUCUUUGACUUUGAACGGUCCUAGAAUCCACGAGUUCCACCAAGAAAUGAACAAGUUCAUCAGAGGUAGAGUGAAAGAUGGCAGGGAAAUAAUGACAGUUGGUGAGAUGCAGCACGCUCCCAACGAAGUCAAAAAAAUGUACACUAGUGCAUCGAGGCAUGAAAUGGGAGAACUGUUCAACUUUUCCCACACAGACGUUGGAACUUCUCCACUUUUUCGCUACAAUUUAGUUCCAGCGGUCUUGAAGGACUUCAAAGUGGCGCUUGCGGAGCUCUUCCUCUAUAUUAACGGAACUGACUGCUGGUCCACCGUGUAUCUGGAGAAUCACGACCAGCCUCGUUCGAUUACAAGAUUUGGUGACGACUCUUCAAAAUUCCGUGUUAUUUCCGGUAAAAUGCUUUCUGUUUUGUUGACUGCACUAACCGGUACUUUGUAUAUCUACCAAGGCCAAGAGCUAGGCCAAAUCAAUUUCAAAAACUGGCCAGUUGAGAAGUACGAGGAUGUUGAAAUCAGAUCCAACUAUAAGGCGAUCAAAGAGGAGCACGGCGAAAACUCCGAGCAAAUGAAGAAAUUUAUAGAGGCAAUCGCUCUUAUCUCUAGAGACCACGCAAGAACUCCAAUGCAGUGGAGUGGUGAAGAGCCCAACGCUGGUUUUUCCGGCCCUGAUGCCAAACCAUGGUUCUUCCUUAAUGAGUCUUUCAGGGAGGGUGUCAAUGUUGAAACGGAGGAGAGAGACCCCGACUCUGUUCUAAACUUUUGGAAGAAAGCUUUGAAGUUCAGAAAAGAGUACAAGGACAUUGCUGUCUACGGCUACGAUUUUGAGUUUGUUGACGUGGAUGACAGUAAGUUGUUUAACUUCACCAAGAAGUUUGGCACAAAAACAAUGUUUGCAACUUUGAACUUUAGUUCGGACAAUGUUGACUUUCGAAUUCCAAACGGUGGCUCCUACCAGUUAGUUUUCGGAAAUUACGACGAUGGUCAGGCCGAUGCAUCUUCCAAAGCCCUAAAGCCAUGGGAAGGAAGAAUUUACAUUACAGAAUCUUCUUAA